CCCCGACAGCGGUAAAGGAACCGUGAACCAAUUCCGGCGCGAUAAUUUCAUGCUGAUGACUCGCGAGCAAGAAGCGCAUAGUUUCUUUCUUCCUGUGGAUAAACCGCUUGAGGAGUUCGACUCCGAGGAAGAUCUCCUCACGCAGUUUGUUAAUUCGUUUAAUCGGCUAUGUAAAGAACCGCGGUUCUUUUUCCUGGUGCUUUAUUUUCUGACCCUGUCGGCGUUUAUGGGGGUUCGGUUUCUUGAAUUGGUGGUUUUGCCGUAUUUGCCGGCUCCGGGGAAGGGGAUGAGGGGGUUGAGAUAGGAGUCUGGAUUAGUAUUUUGGCUUCUAGGAUAAAUGAGAGAAUGUAUUGAAUGUAUGCUCUAUAGGAGUUGGUGUUAAGUUAG